CUCGCUGUGAUCCAGGCCUCUCCCGGCGGCGGGCGCGGCGUCGAUACACUCCACACAGCAUUCACCGGCAAAUGUAUCCCCCAAAUCGGCCUCAAAUCGCAGUGUUUCCAGAUCUUCUUGGCGAGGAAGCGGCGGCAGCGCUGCUCGGUGUGCUCGAUCUCAAAUGCCGUGGGCGUGGAGAGCGCCGGCGGCGUGGAUCUGAAUCAGCGGCUGGAGAAAAUCCGGGCGGAGGAGCCGGCGCCAGCAGGGAAUGGGGUCGAAAUAUCGCAAGAACAAGGCGAUGGCGGGGAUCCAGAGGUCAGAUCGUCCGAGCACAAGAUGCGAUGGAGCAUGCUGCUCAGUAGGGAGGUGCUGGAGGACGCUCACGUCUCGCGAGCUAGCAGCGUCACUGAUGCUCACGUCUUGCGGCGCAAAGGUCGAUUGAAGGAGCAAGAUGGGCUCAUCGAGUUUAUCAUCUCGCUCCAUUCCACGCAUUCUCCCAUCCAGGUGAUGGAGAAAAUGGAGAGAUGGAUCAAAGAACACAGCGAAGAUCCCAUGCGUAGCACGCUGAGCAGAUUGAUUCCUUCCGUCGGGAGGUUCUACACACCUUUGCCUCUCGUCCGAGCUUUCCAUGAGUACGAUGAAUUUGCGUCUCUCUCGAGGAGAAGAUACGUGCCUCCAAACUUUGCAGAGAUUCGUCAUGUCAUAAACAUCGCACAGGUUCAUGCUAUUGCUGAAAAACUGGCACUGGUAACUUUUGAUGCCGAUGGUACCAUUUACUCCGAUGGUCACCACAUCGAGCGCGAUAACAAGAUGAUCGCGCACAUUAUCAAGCUAAUGCAACGUGGUAUUCACGUUGCGAUUCUCACAGCAGCUGGCUAUCCGGGAGAUCCUACAAAAUUCGAGGACCGAUUUUCUGGACUGCUUUCAGCCUUCGAAGAGCUUGAGCUUGCUUCCAGAGUCACCAGGUACUUUCAAGUCAUGGGAGGAGAAUGCAACUAUCUCCUCCGGGUGAACAACAAGUACCGGCUCGAGUUUGUCCCAGACGACAUGUGGAAGUCGAAAGAUAUGCUAGAGUGGUCGGAAGAGGGAAUCGAAGAACUCCUUGAUGAAGCCCAGGGCGCUCUCCAGUCGGCCUCCGCACGCUUGAAUUUGCCAGUUCAUUUUGUGCGGAAGCCAAGGGCCGUCGGAGUCAUCCCCAAAGUCUCGACGAUUUACGAGGUUCUGGAGGAGAUGGCUUUGACUGUUCAAGUCCAUCUGGUGGAGUCCAAGCUACCGUUUUGUGCUUUUAACGGAGGCAGUGAUGUCUUUGUGGAUGUUGGAAACAAGUCGAUCGGGCUUGGAGCUUUGAUGAAGUACCUUGGAAAGAAGCCUUACGAGACACUCCACGUUGGGGAUCGAUUUACAGUCAGUGGAAACGACUCGGCAGCUCGAUCCAAAUGCGCGGUCCUAUGGGUGGCCAAUCCAGAAGAAACGGGAUUCUUUGCGAGACUUCUCCACAACGAUAUCAGACUCGCACAGCUCACGCUUUACAUCGAGUGAAGAUGAGAGCUCACAGGUGCUGUACAAAUAUGUAUAGAAUCCAGUAGUAACUAAUCAAGAAGAAUCAUGAAACCAAAAACGUUCUCUCCGAAAAUUUGGAGCCAUUUAAGCAAGAGUGCCAAGAUCAUAUGAUACUAACAUGUUUAUGAUCUAUAUUUCUUAAACACCAACUAAAUAUCAA